AUGCUACAGUAUAAAGAUGAUGAUCGAUUGGAAUUAAAGGAAUUGAGAACUCUUUGCUGGGAUCAUCAGCUUCAGAUCGUUUUAAGAAAUACCUCUGAAGACCCCGCGGGGUACAAUCACGAAGUAGUGGGGGACAGCCUCACACGGGUACCGGAGGCAUGUCCUGAUGACGUCGGGGGGGGCGUGGACUGUGGAGACGGAGACGAGCCUGCGCCUCGAGUCGUCACUCGGGCUCCCCUUCUGGUCCACGCGUCCACCACCUGGACAGGUAUCUCGGGGGUCUGCCAAGGGAAGGGGUUGAAGCGAGGUCACCUCCUCUGUCAAGUGUCACAUCAAAAAGUCAAGCAGCCCGCGUCGCGGCAACUUGGGGAAUUGAAAAUUGCCACGUGUCAGGUGAAGCACCGGACGACAACAACGAGGCACGUGCACGUCCCGAAACGUGGUAACUGGAUACGUUGGAACCGGGUUCCACCGUGGUGGAUUCGAGGGGUGAUUCGAGGGUUCAUGGCUGUUGGCCCAUGCACGAUGCCCAUGCACGUAGAAAGGGGUGUUCUGUUUCAAGAUACGAAUCGCAAGUACACCGUACACGCUUGUAAGGAAGUUUCGACUCGUGGACAUUCUGGCAUCAAUUUUUCGAGAGAUGACUUUGAAGAUCACCUGGUAGCAGUAAUGGCACUUGAGCGUCAACGAAAGUGGCAAUUAGGCAAAUGCAAUGAAAAGCAAAGAUCAAUUUCAUUUUGAAAUUGUAGAACCUCUGAAAAAGAUGGGAAGGAAACAAAAAUUUAAAUUAAAUUAAGAAAGACUGUACACGACCUAAAUGAUUAUAAAACCAUAAAUCAUUAAAAGUACCAAAAGAUUACGCAAAAUUGGUUAUGGGAAUUUGUGUACAAAAAUGGCAAUAGGAGAAACAUGAGAAAAGUGGUAAAGAUAUAUCUACUUUCAGUUAGAAAUGAAUAUAUGAAAUAAUUACAACCAUGUGUAAUUUAAGUAAGCGUCAGUAUUAUCAUGAAUAAAAAUUUCCUACCAAAUACGUAUUUAAAUCCCACUGAUUUUAACUCGUCCUUAAUUAAAGAUAUAAUUACUCG